CGGCAGACAACAGCCCCUCCCUCCCCCCUCCCUCCUCACUCCUCACUCCUCCGUCCUCUACUCAACUCCUCUCUGAUUCUCCUCGCUGACUUUCUUCGGAGUGCUGCUCCGCCGCCACUACAACUACAUCAUUCAGCGUGAAAGUUCUUCGAUAUGAACUGGGCUUUCCUCCAGGGCCUCCUCAGCGGGGUGAACAAGUACUCCACCGCCUUCGGGCAAGUGUGGCUCUCCCUCGUGUUCAUCUUCAGGGUGCUCGUAUUCGUGGUGGCGGCCGAGAAAGUGUGGGGCGACGAGCAGAAGGACUUCAAAUGCAACACGCUCCAACCGGGCUGCCACAACGUGUGCUACGACCACUUCUUCCCCGUGUCGCACGUCAGGCUGUGGGCCCUGCAGCUCAUCUUCGUCACCUGCCCGUCCUUCCUGGUGGUGAUGCACGUGGCCUACAGGGAGGACCGGGAGCGCAAAAACCGCGACAUGUACGGCGAGAACUGCCGUCCCCUAUACAAGAACACCGGCAAGAAGCGCGGCGGCCUGUGGUGGACGUACAUCUCCACCUUGGUGUUUAAAGUGGCUGUGGACACCACCUUUGUCUACCUGCUCUACCACAUCUACGAGGGCUACGACUUCCCGCUGCUCAUCAAGUGCGAGCAGAAGCCGUGUCCCAACACGGUGGACUGCUUCAUCUCCAGGCCCACCGAGAAGAAGAUCUUCACCAUCUUCAUGGUGGUCACCAGCAUAGUGUGCAUCUUCCUCUCCAUCAUGGAGAUCGUCUACCUGGUGGGCAAACGCUGCCGCGAGUUGUUCGUGCCCAGCCGUGGCCCUCGUCACAUCGUGGCCACCGGCGGAGGCCACUUGAUGGGGGCCAACGCUGCCAAGAUGGCCGACAAGAACACGCCACAAACGCCUGCCCCUGCAUACAGCGUGGCUGUGUGUUGAGAUGACUAACCCCGCCCACAACCACCCUUCACCGCCACUUUGUGGUUUUAAGUCAAGACUUGAAGAGGCAGAGACUGGAGUGAUGAAUUCCUGCCUUAUAAUCUGACAAGAGGAAUCAAUCUUUGCCUUACCAGACAAAGAAAAAGGCAAGUUAGUGCGAAGCAGUGUUGACAUUAUUACAUGAGUCACACCAUGCUUUGGAAACUACACACGCACAAACUCACACACACACUGUUUCUGUGUAAGAUUUUCCUCUCUGAUUGUUGCCAAACCUCUAAAUGUUUUCUUUCAAGCUGUACGAGUCAACUCGUAGAAACUUUCCAGCAGGACGUAACAGUACACUCAGAAUUGAUCACUUCCCAAUUUGAUAAAUGCAUGGUUGGACGAGUCUGGUGUGGAAGAACUUUGCUGCAUAACAAUUAGCCGAGAGUCAGCUUUUAUCUCAAAACACACUUAAAGGGGAACUGCACUUUUUAAAAAAGAAAUUGCUUUAUCAUUCACAAUCAUUAUGAGGGACAAAAACGCAUGUCUUUUGUUGUUUUUUUUUAAGACCCUAAAGCAGUGGUUCUUAACUAGGAUUUGAUCGAACCCUAGGGGUUCGGUGAGUCUGCCUCAGGGGUUCGGUGGAGCCUCCACUCUAGCCACACCCGACUCAUCGUGUACAUAAAAACUUCUCCCUAUCGGCAGAACCCAAACUGAUUUGCAGGUGUGUAAUUUGUUACGAGUUCAUGCUCUGUGUUGGUUUUGUUCUUUGAACAAGGUGAUGUUCAUGCACGGUUGUGCACCAGUAAAAGAUCAUAUAACUUUGUCUUGAAUUUGAAAAACAUUUUAUCUUUCACUAUAAAAGGGUUCGGUGAAUGCGCAUAUGAAACUGGUGGGGUUCAAUACCUCAAACAAGGUUAAGAACCACUGUCCUAAAGACAAUAAAAACGCUUCCAAGAUGUGGAUCACAGGAGUCCCAAUGUAGCCUUCAAAGUCCUCUAUCAACUAUACACACUGUAAGUAUAUUUAUAAUGUAGUAACAGACACAUUCAUAACAAUAUGUAAUAAGUUAAAGUUUAAGUACCAAUGAUUGUUACACACACUAGGUGUGGUGAAAUGUGUCCUCUGCAUUCGACCCAUCCCUUGUUCACCCCCUGGGAGGUGAUUUAACCCCCAAUUCCACCCUUGAUGCUGAGUGCCAAACAGGAUAGUAAUAGGUCCCAUUUUUAUAGUCUUUGGUAUGACUCGGCCGUAGUUUGAACUCAUGACCUACCGAACUAUGUACAAUAUUUACCGUAUUGUACUCUUUUUAAGCAUUAUCCAUCCAUCCAUCCAUUUUCUACCGCUUAUUACCUUUGGGGUCCCGGGGGGUGCUGGUGCCUAUCUCAGCAACAAUCGGGCGGAAGGCAGGGUACCCCCUGGACAAGUCGCCACCUCAUCGCAGGGCCAACACAGAUAGACAGACAACAUUCACACUCAUUUUUAAGCAUUACUCAAACAUAUUUCCUAAGUGCUUUUAUUUCAGUGCCCAUAGCAACGCACUUCCUACUUUCAGCAACAAACGCAUGUGUGCUCUGAUCAUGGCAGAAUUAGUAAUAGACGACUAUUUUUCAGACAAAUGGGGAUUCACAAUCUUAUCUUUUUGAAGCUGAAUAUACGGAGGAUGAACUACUGGUUAUAGAAGCUGAGCGAGCACGAUAAGAGGUUGCAGCAGAUGGAAGCCGAGAGAGUUCGGACCAACAUGACUUGGUGGUGUAAAUGCCACAUAGAACAAUAUGAUUAUUACAAAUUAGAAUGCAAAAAAAAAAAAUGGUGUGUUCUUUUCUCUUAUAAGGAUUGUGAACUUAAAGCAAAAUUCCCGCCCCAAAAAUUGCCUUUCCCCUUUAAGUUGAGGUCCCACUGUGUAUUAUAUGGAAUAGGUAUUAGGUAAUGAUUCAUGCACCCGUCUUUAGGUACAGAUUGCUGUGCGGACCCCUCAAUUACGUUAAUAAAGGGACAGGAGAAUCUCACUCCGAACGUUCUAAACUCUUGUUUUCAUGCCAGUGUUGAAAUUGCGUGGAUUAGCCACAGCAUGGAAAUAAAACAUGUCGCUGAAAUCGCAUGUGCUUGAGAAUGACUCAGCAGGGCCUCUGCUGGUUGCAGCCACGCAGUGCACCUUGAUCGCUUCCAGAUGUGUCCCAAUACUUGUGUUCAUAGUGUGUGUGUGUGCAUGUUUACUGACAUUGUUUUACAUUUUGUACGUAAUUUAUCACCACUUUGGUAUGAAAAUGCAAAUUUUAUACUGUUUUUAGGCUGUAUAUAUUUUCAUUAAAUACUUGUUUUCCACUUCUUGA